CACGCCCGGGACAGAGGAGUCCAGCUUCUGGUGGACGCAGAGUACACCUACCUCAACCCCGCCCUCUCCUGGGUUACCAUGGCCCUGAUGAUGCGCUUCAACCAGUCGGAGCCUGCGAUUUGGAACACCUACCAGUGUUACCUCAAGGACGCCGACACCCUCCUCAGUUCUGACAUCGAGUGGGCUCUCAGCCGUGGGCUGUGUUUUGGUGUGAAGCUGGUGAGAGGUGCGUACCUGGAGAAGGAGCGGCUUUUGGCCAAGAGUCUGGGCUACCCAGACCCCAUCCAGCCCACUUGGGAGGACACCAACCACAGUUACCAGAGGCUCCUGGAUAAGAUGCUACGUUUGGUGGGAGAGACGGGGCAGAGACUCGGACUGGUCAUCGCCACACACAACGAGGAAUCAGUCAGACACGCCCUGCACAGGAUGCAGGAGUUUGGAAUCAGACAGGAGAAUCACUUUGUCUGCUUUGCUCAGUUAUUGGGAAUGUGUGACCACAUCUCUCUCACUUUGGGAAGUGCUGGUUAUUCUGUUUAUAAAUCUAUUCCAUAUGGCUCUGUCGAGGAGGUGAUGCCAUACCUAGUUCGACGAGCCCAGGAGAACCUCAGCGUGUUGAAGGGGCUGCGGACAGAGCGUGACCUCCUCUGGAGGGAGCUCAGGACGCGACUGACCAGAAAAAGGAGGCCGGCAGUCUGA